ACAAGUGGCUGCCAACAAACAAACGCCAGCUCAAAUCAAAGAUGGCGUCCUCCACGGACACGCGAACUUUAUCUGUUGAAGUCCGUAAAUUGCGGAAGAAAUUACGCCAAAUUGACAACUUGAAUCGCCUGGAUAGGCCACUUCUCCCAGAAGAAGAAGAGAAGGUUGCAAGAACUGGAAGUAUUCGGUCUUUACUCCGCGAAAAACUCAAGGAGUUUGCAAGCCUAGAGCAGUCCGAGCUCAGUUCCUCACAACUCGAUAGAACUGGGAGCGAAGAGGGAGGGGACACGACUCAAGAAUCUUGGCACCUUGUGGAGAAUGGGCAAAGGGAGCAAACUGUAGAUGAUGAACCUUUGGCAAACUCGGACGAGAUGAAACGCCCUUAUAACGAGGAGGUCGAAGAGCAACAGAUUGUAUUCACGCCCGAAGGAGAUGCUGGUGGAGAGAAAAGUCAGGCGGGAAACGACGAUGCUGCCAAAGAUGGGACAACUCCCCCGAAGGUUCCGAGGCGAGAGGAGGAGGAAUCCAAGAAAAGGGCAGGACAGGGCGAGGCAUCGACAUCCAAUCCAGAAACAGCUCAGCCUUCAAAAGGUAAAAGUAAAGGAAAGAAAAAGGCUCCAGAGAGCAAUGAGGGGGAUUCAUGGGCCAGAACCAAGUUCACUGUGCAGGACCUGGAGGGUCACAAUGAUAUCAUCUAUGCAGUGUCAUGCGACGGAUCCAGACUACUCACUGGCAGUCGUGACACCAUGGUCAAGUACUGGGACUUGGACAAGGGCACAGAGCUGAGAAGCCUUGGCGGCCAUUCGGGAACAGUCACCUCGGUCAUUUUGCUUUCCACUGAAGAAAGCACACAGUUAGCAUCUCAAUUUGACGUGCCUGCCAAUGACCGCAUCGCCGUCACCGGAUCUAAGGAUUGUCACAUCAAGGUCUGGUCCCUGGAAACUGGCCAAGCAGUGCACUCUGUCUACACAUACAACCCUGUGGAGUGCCUGGGGUAUAUAUCAGACAGGGCUCUCAUCGUGUCAGGCUCAGAUGGCGGCAAAGUGGAACUGUGGGACAUGAAGACCGGGAGUAGCGUGUUCUCAACCCUUGGACAUGACGAUGCUGUCACAUGUAUUCAAGUCAGCGGCACCAGCGUCUACACAGCAUCCAGUGACGGCAUCAUCAAACUCUGGCAGUUACGUGACAACUCCCUCCACCCGACCUUUGUCUCGGAGAACAUCUCAAGCACCUCAUCCAGUCACCUGCUGGCCAGACGCCACGUCCGGUCCCUGGCCGUCCACGGAGAGACUAUCUACUACGGGGACGACGGGUUGAAUGUCAAGGCACUGGAUUGGAAGAAAGCCUUAGUCCAUAAGCUCAAGAACCACCUAGGAGACUUUGGCAGCACCGAUGCCAUGUGUAGCACCAAGGAUCUACUGAUCUGUGCAGGGUAUGAUCUGGAUAACGGCUGUGGCUUCCUGAAUUUUUGGAGUCUUCCUGAGGAGGUGUACCUUGCUACGCUCAAUGAUCAAGACAUCAGCCGCAUUGUCACCAUGGACCACACGCAGACAAAAGAGGGCGCCCUGCGCGUCGUCACCGGAGGCCAGGAGCUGAGAGUGUGGGAUAGGAUCCCCAAAAAGCGAUACAGUCCCCAAGAUGCAGUUCCGACGGAAUUCAACUUCUCAUUCUCAGUCAAGGCUCAAGAUUCCGACGCCGACUCGGACACGACCGACAUGAGCGACAGCGAGGGGGGCGGAGCUGACGAGAGGGGAGGGCGGAGAUGGUCGCAGGGAAGCGGAGGUUCCACUAAAGCGUCUUGGUCGUCAUGGUGCACGCUGGUCUAGUCACACCAACGCCAUCAUUUUUGAGGUACUAAUUAGGGGGCGAGGCAAGAGAAGACCUUUGGGAAUUUCCUUGUCGGGUGUGACCCUUUAUUGCUAUCUAUGCUGUAAUGAACUGCUUGGGUUUUUUUAAUUUAAAGGUAUUCUGAAGUUGUCAAGAAUUAUGAAUUGAUCUGGUUAAGUUUGGAUUGCAGUUUUUAUGUGGGAAAAAUGGGUGCAUGAUUUCACAUUACUGGCCAAUUCUUUGAAUGAGGGGAAAGGUUCAUUGUCUAGAUGUUCCCUAGGGCAAAUUUAUUUUUUGAUAUUUCGCACUUUGUUUUUCUUUAUUUUGUUUUAAUUGCAAGGCGUUCUGGCAAGAUGAGACACAACUGGGCAGAGGUCGAAAUGAGCGGGGUUUACAGGUUUUAGGAAAGAGAAUGAAGUUCCCCCUGCAACACUGUUGACAAGUUAUGCUGUUUAAAGUUUGCACUUAUUGACAUGUCAAAAAGUAAAAUACGGAGAAAAAGGCCU